AUGACUCAAUUCACCCCAGAACAGCUUGCUUCUGUGUUAGCUGCACUUGGCAUUACGCCACCCGAAGCUACACCAACUACCCGCAACUCUGAUUCUCCCAUCAAUGACAAAAAAGCUGCCAUCCCCAUCAAUGCCAUUCCCAUCACCACCACCGUCGUCCAACCGGCUCAUCAUGGUUUAGCACCAGUCCACUGCAACUCACCCUUGACUGGGUUGCCAUCGACCUCUCCAGUAUCCACACCCAUGGCCCAGGCUACUGUCGCUCCUGCACCUGCCUCCAGUCCUGCCACCGCUGCUGACCCCACCACCAUCGCUCCCACCAUUCAGGGAUCCUCCAUUCCCAGCCCCUCUACGGUUAGAGCUUCUGAGGGCCCAUGGUACGCUGUUUCUAAAGGCCUCGCUGUAGGGGUGUUUCAGGGAUGGCAAAAUGUUAGCCCUUUGGUUACAGGGGUUUGUAGAGCCUGUUACUUCCAUCACAGCAGUCAGGCUGCCACCCAGGAGGCCUUCAAUCAGGCUGUCAUGACCACCACUGUGGAAAUUCUCCAUUAA